GCGAAAAUCCAAUCGAUGGUAUAAUCUGCGGAUCAUAAUCACACGAAAGUCUCUGCUGCCAAAUUGCCAACUGCCGGGACGACACACCGCAACUCGGUCGGUUCUUGUCUCUGUUCUUUGGGCUAACAUUCGUCGAUCGAUCGGCCGAGAGAGAGGACAUGUCCACCGGCGUCGCUCGGGGUCGCUUGUCGGAGGAGCGAAGAGCCUGGCGUAAGAAUCACCCCCACGGUUUCGUGGCGAAACCGGAGACUGCCCCGGAUGGGUCCGUGAACUUGAUGGUUUGGCACUGCACUAUCCCUGGCAAAGCUGGCACAUUUUUUCUUAUGCAGACUGACUGGGAAGGUGGCAAUUAUCCACUUACACUGUACUUUACGGAGGAUUAUCCUAGCAAGGCUCCGAAGUGCAUGUUCCCUAAGGAUUUUUUCCACCUCAAUGUCUAUGGUUCAGGCAUGGUCUGUCUGUCAAUCCUCAAUGAAGAUGGGUGGAGACCCUCUAUCACGGUGAGGCAAAUCUUAGUGGGCGUUCAGGAUUUGCUUCAUCAGCCCAACCCCGCUAGUCCAGCAAAUUAUGAUGAAUACGAACUUUUUGUAAAGGAUCCAGCUGAGUACCAGAGAAGGGUGAGGCAACAAGCCAAGCAGUAUCCGCCUCUUGUAUAAUUUCAAGCUUUAUGAUCAGCAGACCUCUGUGCUCUGGGCUAGAUGCUGAUCUUUAGUUUAUCUGCAGUCUCCUCCUUUGAAUUUGUUGAGGUGCUUCGAUUCUUUGACAGACUGAUUCACAGGCUUCCAAGUCUGAGGACAAUGGUUAUUCUCUGCUGCAAGAGGUAUCUAUUUCAAUCUUAUAGGCAAUAUGUGUGGAAUGUUGGCUCA